AUGGCAUUGUCUACUUUCUCGUUCCAUGUGGAGGAGUUUCACUUCGCGGAUUCCAUUGCUGAGAAGUGCACAGGUUUCAUGCAAUACACAAAGCUUCCAAGAUUCAUGUAUAGUCGAAUCGCUCAAUACAAGCGAAUAUUAAAAAGGCUACAAAUAUUACUCAACAGACAACACUACGCAGUAAAAAACAAUCUUUCGGAAGAUGACCAAUGCAAGGAGGACAAGAGGCAUAAACCCAGUAAAGAAAUAAAAAACAUGAUAAAUGCAAUAUACAGAGAAGAGAAGACAAAGGGACUGGUUGCAAUAGGAGCUACCUUCCCGCAACAAUUUAUCACUCCGACCCCGUCCUUCACUGGAGAUAGUAAAGGUCUUUCUAUCGACCUCUCUUCUCCAGUUCUCCAGCGGUCCCCUCCCGACAUACUUUACCAUGGCGUCAUAACUCCGCCAUCAUCAGUUGUCGAGAUUAAGGAGACGAAAAAAGGCGAUGGGGAAAAACAGCGUGCGGGGAAAGUUUAG